GUGAAGGAUUGUCAGAAGAGGGGUCGGUCCUGGGCAUGCAGGCCCUGUGAUAAAGCUCGACGUGCCAUUAUCAGUGAGUAUGAAAGACAAGGACAAAAACACGUAUGGGGCAAAAUGUCGAAGGAUAACAAGAAUGCUGAGAUUAAAAAACACAAGGGCAAGGCACCAGGGCGUGGCAAAAAGUUUCCUGUGGAGAUCACUGAGCAGGUCGAUGUCACAGACUCAAUUGGCCUUGAGAAGGCCAAGAAGUAUGUGAACUUGCGUGAAUACAUCAAGAAAUGCAAAAAGAGAUGGGGUAUCAAGUCAGACGAUGCAAAGAAUCGAUGGAAGGAUUUGCUGGCAGAUCCUACCAUCCCUAGAGCAAAGGAUCAGAUGGGUUGGUUGACCAUGCCAGCCCUGUCAGUCUUCCAGUCUGAGACUUGGAAGUCGGUGGGAAAGCGGUCCAUGUCUCACACUGGAACGCUGAAAACAUCCAAAGUUGAACAGACCGAUGAAGCUGGACUUCAUGAUAUUGCCAAGAGCCCGCUCCUGAGCUGGGACGUGACAUGCUUCCACGACUUCAUCGAAGCCCCAGUGUUGGAAAUGGAGUCUGCAAUUUCUGUGGUGCCAGGCCAUCGACUGUUCGUCACAAAGCGGCGGAAAAAGACCUUGCUCGCAUUGCAGCACUUCGUUCCCGAAGAACCCUGGUGUCCGACACUGUGUCAAGAGCCUGUGAGGUUGUGACUGCCUGUGGCAUGUCUAUUGCUUCUGCUGAGAAGAUACCUGAAAGUGCCGUUUUGGAGAAUUUCGAGCUAAUGCUGACCCACAUGCACAAGAUGAUGAUUGCAUUGCCGGAGGAAGUUCUCACACAGAUCAAACAAGCCAGGGAACCAGGGUCGUCUGAUGAUUCUGUUGCGAUUGGCGUGGCGUUGGAUGCUCUUCAAAAGUUUUUGGCGAAGCCAGGUAAUUCCGUCGCUGACAUUGUGCACAGCCCUGGCUCUCACCAACUGGGAGAGGAGGUUUUCUCUGAUGCAACAGUCACGGCAAAGAACGUCAAAAGAUUCGGAAAGGCCCUGAAAGGCUAUGCUGAUGCGUUUGAGGUAGCAGUCAAUGGGUACUUUGAGGCGUGCGAAGAGUUUACAAGCAAAAAAGAUGAUGAAGAGGAACAGGGCAGCAACAGCGAGAGUUCCGAUUCUGAGAGUUUUGGUGAUGGUGAUGCAGGUCAAGUCCCACUUGGUGACAACAAUCAGCAGCUUGUGCCAGUGCCGAUUGUUCAGAAGCGUUACCGAAAGCAGUUGAAAGAAUACAAAAGUCCACAUGCCUGGAAGGUACUUGAAUCUGUGAAGAACUUGGGGAAGUCGGAGAACAACAUCCGGAUGAUGCCUCAUGCUCAACUGGAUCACUCUUGGUCUGAGCGCUUUGCAGGUGGAGUGCUGUAUGACGGCGUCCAGAUCAAGAUCCCUGACGCACCUUUGCAGGAUUUCCACUCCUUCCUCUCAGCAGAAAAUGCACUGCAAGCAACCUCCAACUUGCAGAAUGCUGCUGAAUCAGGGCCAGCCAGGCACAAGAUCUCCACAGUGCAUGCUACCUUUGGUUCUUGUGCCAAGACCCGAGAUUGGACCACUGCUGAUGAACGCUCGUUGGGGUCAACUUUUUGGAUGGGCACAGAAUUUACUUUGCACACAGACGAGUUCUUGGAGACCCUACCUGAGGAAAUGUCCAAAAUUGACACCUCCAAGCUUUUCUGCCAGCGCUACAGUGCUGUCAAGCCAUUGUUUCAGUGUGUUGGAGUUCCUUCUUACUUGCUGUCGAAGAUGAUUGCCAACUACGAAGGUUUGCACUUUGUUGCGGCUGUCGGCGUGUGUCAGCUGGCUGAGGGCAUCAGCAAACACCCUACUCUGAGUGACAAAGCAACGAGUUUCCUGGGUUUGGCCGAUGCUAUGGUGAAUCUCACGGCUGAUGAGCUUUGGAGCAUGGGUGGGUUUGCCAUCACACUGCAACCAGGGCAAGUUCUUGAGAUUCCUGCUGGUUGGGUGGUUGCGCAAACACCCUUAUCUACCAAGAACAUCAUUGUGCAUUGGUCGGGGCAGAGAGCGCAUUCUUCCCGGUUGGAGUGGGGCCAUCAAGCGAAAAAAGCUUUGGAACUGGUUGAGGCAGACAUUUCUUCUCUUGAGGAAGGCUCAACAGCCAAAGCAUUCUUGCUUUCAACCAAAUCCCAGCUGACGCUGGCUCCUUUCCUUCUCGAUUGGGCAAAGUCAAUUUUUGACCGAUGCCAGAGAACGCGCUACUGGGGCAAUCGGCUGAACCUUGCUGAUGAUGAAGGAAUGGGGUUGGAUUCCCUUGAAGAUUCCGCGAUGCUCCGGGACUACAAGAGUCGUGACAGGAAGACCAAGCCGUUCCGAACCGCAGUCGAUGCAUGCUACAACACCGUGACACAGAAGGACUUGGAUCGAUUCAUCGACUUCAAGAAGGUAAUCCAUCCAAUUUGGGCCGUGGAGGUUCAAACUCGCAUGCUCACUCUUCUGGCCCCUGCAGUCCUCGAUGGUGAUCAGACUGCUGAGGGUGUGACAGGCAAGGGCAAGAAGGACAAUGAGGAUGAGGACGAAGUGAGCUUGGGCAUUGAGGUUGAGUAUGCCAAGGAUAUCCUGGAGGUUUUCAUGAAGAUGGAGUUGCCAGCUCCUACAGCCAAGCCUACAGGUCAGGAUCAUGCUGGACAAGCGGGAGAAGCUGCAAAACAGGCAGGUGAGGAAAAUGAGAAAACUGCAUCAGAUGUCAAAAUGGAGAUUGAUGUUUCGCUGGGUGUCGCCAAGACCAUGGCAGCGCCAGCAGCAGAAGCUGCAGAGCAGCCAGGUGCGCCACCACUUGCAGAUUCUGUGCAACCGCCAGAGGAAAAGCCAUCAGCAGAAGCUGCAGCCGCAGCAGGUGACUCAAUGACAGCGGCGCCAUCACUUGCAGAUUCUGCGCCAGCAAAGGAACAGCCAUCAGCAGAAGCUGCAGCUGCAGCAGGUGACCCAGUGACAACACCAGCGGCGCCAUCACUUGCAGAUUCUGCGCCAGCAAAGGAACAGCCAUCAGCAGAAGCUGAAGCUGCAGCAGGUGACCCAAUGACAACACCAGCGGCGCCAUCACUUGCAGAUUCCGCGCCAGAGGCGGAAAAACCAUCAUCACAAGCUGCAGUCGCAGCCCCAAACUCCCUUCAAGUUCAACCUGAAACUCAUGGUCAUGGUCAUGCCGAUUCGGCUGGUGCAAUCUUGGCAAAGGUUCCAACGCCUGCCAAGGCAAAAUCUGAGCCUAUUGAGCCAAUUGCUCAGAACUUGGAUGCGGUGGCUGCUGCCGCCACUUUAUCUGAGCCAAUUUCCGUCAUCGAAAGCGACCAAGAAGAAGUUGAUACCCAGGCUCCUACUACUCCUGGCGAAUCUGUUCAUCCCACUGUCGGUGAGGAGACGCAGGAGAAGGUGAAGGAGAAGGAGAUUGCAGAGACUGAAGUUGAGACGACUGCAGUGACUGUGACUGCAGAGCAGGCUGAAGCUGCAUUGGACCAGCUUCGAGAUAGCAUGACGAUGGCUCACGCUUGCCAUGGGGUCAAGAGUGCCAGUGCCAAUGCCAAUCCAAAAAAGAACCUUCAGAGUCUGGCGGAAUGCACAGUGCAGAAAGCCACAGAGGCUGCUGCCACUGCUGCUGCUGCAGAAGUUGAAUCGACACACGUCGCGGACAUCGGACUUGUUGAUGAUGAUCAUGAUCAUGAUGAUGGCGGCGAUCAGCAAAGCCCAAUGUCUGAAUUGCUUGAAGCAGAUGGGGGUGGUGAUCUGGCUGUGGCCUCCUUGGACUAUGAGCACGGUGGCGACUCUCCAGUACGUGACGGACGUGGACGCGGACGUGCCGCCUGCCGUGGACGUGGACGUGGCCGUGCUGCCAGGGGUCGGGGUCGUGCUCCCAGUGCUGCUUCUGCGAAAAGUGCUGCUGUGAAAAGUGCGGCCAAAAGGCAGCGCUGCCGCAAGUAGAAAGGGAAUGACUGAAGCGGGAAGCCUAAAAAGGCCUUAAACCGUCCAAUGUACAGACAGUCAACUUCCUGAUUUAUUUCCCUGUGUGAUUUUUCAGGUAGGUUAGGCUAGGUAGUAAGUGGCAACGACCAGAGGCCAGACAACGAAGUCAGGCCGCUCAUUAGGCCAUUCGGCAACCCUCCUUGCUACUGUCAACU